GACUUGUUCAUUCCCGAGUUCAUUUCCGAGUUCAUUUUAAGGCUGAAAGGUGAUGUAACAAAACUGUCUUUGUCUCGCACGUGUUCAGAAGUUGCUCGAAAAUUCCACUACUCUUCAAUUUUAAUUGCAUUUAUUAGGAAUAUCAAGAAUGUUUCGUUUAGCUGGAUCGAAAAUUAUUUUACGUACACCGGCUACAAAAUUUGCUCUUGCGCAACGUGCUGGGUAUGCGAAAGAUGUCAGGUUUGGUCCGGAAGUUCGAGCCCUCAUGUUGCAGGGUGUAGAUAUUCUGGCUGACGCUGUUGCUGUUACAAUGGGUCCCAAGGGUCGAAAUGUCAUUCUCGAACAAUCUUGGGGAUCACCUAAAAUUACAAAAGACGGUGUUACGGUUGCCAAGGGGAUUGAGUUGAAGGACAAGUUUCAGAAUAUUGGAGCGAAAUUAGUGCAAGACGUUGCAAACAACACGAACGAAGAAGCUGGAGACGGCACAACAACUGCUACAGUUUUAGCGCGUGCAAUCGCAAAAGAGGGAUUUGAAAAAAUUUCCAAAGGUGCGAAUCCAGUUGAGAUUAGACGUGGUGUUAUGUUAGCUGUUGAUGCAGUAAAAGAACAUCUUAAGACAUUGUCGAAGAAUGUUACGACACCGGAGGAGAUUGCACAAGUUGCCACCAUAUCUGCCAAUGGAGAUAAAGCUAUUGGCCAAUUGAUAAGCGAUGCCAUGAAGAGAGUGGGCAAGGAAGGUGUUAUCACUGUCAAGGACGGCAAGACUCUUAUUGAUGAGUUAGAAGUAAUUGAGGGCAUGAAAUUCGAUCGUGGCUACAUCUCACCAUAUUUUAUAAAUUCGACCAAAGGUGCUAAAGUUGAAUUCCAAGAUGCCCUUGUUUUAUUCUCCGAAACGAAGAUUUCUUCUGUGCAAUCAAUCUUGCCGGCUCUUGAGCUUGCUAAUUCGCAACGCAAGCCCUUAGUUAUAAUCGCAGAAGACAUAGAUGGAGAGGCUUUGAGUACACUUGUUGUGAAUCGUCUUAAAAUUGGACUACAAGUUGCUGCUGUCAAAGCACCAGGUUUCGGUGAUAAUCGCAAAGCAACCAUGGCUGACAUGGCAAUUGCAACUGGAGGUAUUUGUUUCGGAGACGAAGCCAACUUAGUCAAAAUAGAAGAUGUACAAUUGUCUGACUUGGGAAAAGUUGGUGAAGUUGUUAUCACAAAAGACGAUACGUUAUUGUUGAAAGGAAAGGGAAGCAAGGAUCAUAUAGAGCGUCGGUCCGAACAAAUACGUGAUCAAAUCAAAGAAACUACUAGUGAAUAUGAAAAGGAAAAACUACAAGAACGUCUUGCUCGUUUAAGUGCUGGAGUUGCAUUGCUACGCAUUGGAGGCUCGUCCGAAGUUGAAGUAAAUGAAAAGAAAGAUCGUGUUACGGAUGCUUUAAAUGCAACGCGUGCAGCUGUUGAGGAGGGUAUUGUCCCUGGAGGAGGAACAGCUCUGUUGCGCUGCAUCCCCACUUUGAAAGGGCUAAAAGGAGAGAAUGAUGAUCAAAAUACUGGUAUUGGAAUAGUAAUGCGUGCUUUGCGAAUGCCAUGCAUGACUAUCGCUAAGAACGCAGGAAUUGAUGGAUCCGUUGUUGUUGCAAAAGUUGAAGAACAAACCGGAGACUUUGGAUAUGAUGCACUAAACAACGAAUAUGUAAAUUUAAUUGAGAAAGGAAUUAUCGAUCCUACCAAAGUUGUUAGAACUGCCUUGACCGAUGCAUCAGGAGUUGCCUCACUUUUGACCACUGCCGAAGCUGUCGUAACGGAAAUGCCAAAGGACGAUAAAGAAGGCGGCAUGCCAGGUAUGGGUGGCAUGGGCGGCAUGGGCGGUAUGGGUGGAAUGGGUGGAAUGAUGUAAAUUAUUACACAAAAGUUUCACAAUAAGCGUGAAUGGCGGAAUGUUUCCAUCUGACGAGAACAAAAUGUUUUUUAUAUUUUCAGUUAUCAAAUUAUUUGUAUAAGGCAGCCUUUUUCCAAAAUACUUGUUUAUAUUUGUUUUCAUAAAAUAACUUAACGCUCAUAUUUUGUUUAUGGUCAUUCAUCUCAAAUUUUUGUCAUUUGCUUGAGAACAUGGCCAUUUUUCAUGGACCGUACAAUACUUACUUUGAAGCGCCUCUGUCGACAUUAAGGUUUAAUUUUAAGCAUUGCAAAUAUAUAUUAAUGCAGGCAUUUAUCACGAAUAAGACGUAGAUGUAAAAAAUUAGAGAAAUAUAAAUAUAGUCUCCUUUAGCUGUAGAUUUAAAUAUUUGAGUUAUAUAAAAUAAAAAAAAGUUUCGUAUAAUUAAUUGAAAAUAA